AUGUGUACUAAAAGCAAAAAUUUGAAAAAGGAUAGAAUAAGUACAAGAAAUAUAUAUGAUGAGCUCUUGAAUUAUGUUAAGGCUAGGGAUAUAGAAAAGAAGGAUGUUUCACAAAUUCUCACAAUACAAAAUUGGAUAAUAGUGCUUUUAAGUGAAAAGCAAUAG